AUGGCUACUAUUCACGAUGACGAUGAGCGCUUGUUAGCUCGAAUUGGCUAUAAGCAGGAGCUCAGACGUGAGUUUUCGAAAUGGUCUACGGUGUCGUACGCCAUCUCUAUCCUUGGGGUUCUGGGCUCAGUCCCGGCCACAUUUUCGUAUCCCCUUGCAUCUGGUGGCCCGGCCACUGCCGUGUGGUGUUGGUUCAUCGGUUCAUGUAUGGCUAUGUGUAUCGGCAGUUCUGUGUCGGAGCUGGUAUCUGCGUAUCCAACAGCCGGGGGCAUGUAUUUUGUCACCAAACAUGUUGUACCCAAAGAGCAGGUUGCCAUUUUUGCAUGGAUUCAAGGAUGGUGUAACCUCCUCGGCCAGACUGCGGGAGUCUCGAGUGUGGCAUAUACUGUCAGCCAGAUGUUGCUUGCCUGUGUGAGCAUGAACUCGACGUAUCAAACUGGACAGUACUCAUAUUCACCCACCGCAGCCCAGACAGUAUUCGUAUCUAUUGGUCUACUUUGCAUUAUGGGAAUUAUCUGCUCGUUAACCACCAGGAACUUACAUAGAAUUGUUUUCUGGUUUGCUCCAAUUAAUAUCCUGGCGACUAUUGGUAUAUGUACUGCAAUCCUGGUCCUCACACCAGAGAAGCAAUCUGCGGAAUGGGUAUUUACCCAUAUUACUGACGGCUCGGGAUGGGGAUCUAAAACCUUUUCCUUCUUCCUCGGCUUUUUGUCCGUGGCUUGGACAAUGACUGAUUAUGAUGGAACAACCCACAUGUCAGAAGAAACCCAUGAUGCAGCCAUUCGAGGUCCGAUUGCUAUUCGAGCUGCCGUCCUCGUUUCAGGGAUCUUCGGCUGGAUACUAACGGUUUCAAUGUGCUUUUGCAUUACUGACUUGGAUGACGUACUACAGAGUCCAACCGGGAUGCCUGCUGCGCAGAUUUUUCUGAAUGCCGGAGGCCGAACCGGAGGAACAAUAAUGUGGUUCUUUGUCAUUCUUGUACAGUUUUUCACUGGGUGCUCUGCGAUGCUGGCGGACACUCGCAUGGCAUAUGCAUUUGCUCGGGACGAAGCUCUACCAUUUUCCAAUUUUCUCGCCAAGGUCAACGAGUAUACUCAUACUCCCGUGAAUGCGGUUUGGUUUGUUGUCUUCUUCAGCGUUGCGCUGAAUCUGAUUGCCAUUGGAUCGACCGAGACGGCCACGGCGAUUUUCAAUGUCACUGCCCCAGCUCUAGACGUUUCCUACAUUUCAGUGAUUCUUGCGCAUCUUAUUUACAAGCAUCGAGUAAAAUUCAUUGAAGGGCCGUUUACUCUUGGAAGAUGGGGUACUCCAAUCAAUGUGGUAUCUGUUGUUUGGGUUAUCUUUAUCAGCACAAUUUUAUUCUUCCCUCCUACUAGACCAGUAACAGCCGCUAAUAUGAACUAUGCCAUAUGCGUAGCAGCCUUUAUCGCGAUAUUUUCAUUGUCAUGGUGGUGGCUUUCAGCGAGAAACAAAUAUACGGGACCUCGCACGAAGGAUAUUAUUGAAUCGCUUCCCGAGGACGAUUACGAUGACCUUAUAUUUUCGAACAAUCGGCCAAGCUUGGGCGACUGCUAG